AAGCGUUGUAUCAUCUUGUGUUAACGGAGAACAAACCAUACGAACAAAUCAAUGUUUCAUAUAGUAUUUGAAAGGAUUAGGCAAAAAUUUACAAUUGCAAAAUAGGAACAAUCGUGAAAAAUGGAUAUCAUCUCGUGUUAACGGAGAACUAACCAAACGAACAAGUCAAUGUUUCAUAUAUCAUUUGAAAGGUUUAGUAAAAUGAUAAGAAUGGCAAAAUAGGAACAAACGUGAAAAAUGGAUAUCAUCUUGUGUUAACGGAGAGCAAACCAAACGGACAAUUAAUGUUUCAUAUAGCAUUUGAAAGGUUUAGGGGAAAAUUAACUAUAAUUGCAAAAAAGGAACAAACGUGAAAAAUGGAUAGCUGUCUAGAUCUCACUCCUAUAAAGAUACCCAGACCACAAAUAUACUCAGUGGUGGACUUAGCUAUUAUGAAUUCUAAGAAAGAGUUGGAGAUAAAGCUUAAAGAUCUCAAAAAGAAGUAUUUGGAUGUCCAUGUUGAAAUAGUAACAAUCUACAGAACGAAACCUACUUUUGGUGUGGCUGUACAAGGUGGGGCAGAUACCCAACAAAAAACGCCUAUUGUAGUUCAUAUUCAGCCUGGUGGUUCGGCAUUUGCCUCUGGAACGUUAAAGUGUGGACAUGAAAUUUUUGAAAUCAACGGAACUUCAACUGAGAGGUUAACACAUGAUGAAAUUGCAAAUCUCAUUGCUAGCGAAUUUAAGACUGCAACUAACAUACAACCCAUGGAGUUAGUAGUUAAAAGUUUUGUGACUUGCUUAUAGUUAAUCGUUCCCUAAACAGUUAGAUUGGGCAAAUGGUUAUCUUCGUUAGGCAAGGGUUACGACCCAGUCCCCUCCUCUAAAUUGGAUUAGAGGAAGGGACUGUAUCGUAAUCCUUGACUAACGAAGAUGUCAAAUGGUAUACUCCACUUUUGUUGCACCAUUCGAAAUUUUGUGUAGUUCUGACCCAUAAAAGCUAUGUGUUCUAUAAGCUCAUUAUCGGAUGGGGGAAACCUGCAUUCAGACAACAAAAUAGUAGGGAAGUGGGAUAUGAGAGGAGCUUCAUAUUAAUGUUAAAGAAUCCUGACAAGUAGCAAAGGUGACAUGAUUCCUCAAUUAUUGGAGAUCUUAUUUUCAAAACUCGUGCAAAGGAGGGACCAUCGGCAACGUCAUUUACAAAGAAGCAUAGACUGUGUAACGUCAUUAAAAAGGACUGUGAAACUCCGUGUGAAACAUCAUUUGCAAUGUCUCUAAAACUGUGCUUCUCAGAAUUUUUAACGUCGUUGACAAGUGUGAAACUGUCUGUGGAAUGUCAAUUUCAAGAACGCUGCAUGGAACUGCGUCACGUGAUUAAUAUAGACAAAAAAAGUGUGCAACGUCAUUUUCGAUUAUGAAAUUUUAUUUCUGAAUGAAUCCAGAAUGGCUCACUAUAAAUAAAGUGACCCGAACUUUUUCACUUUAUUUUUCAGAAUUCACAAUGAAUCAUUAUCUAGACCAUUGAUCCUUAAUUGCAUUCUUUUAUACUGGGAUUUUAAUCAAUUUAGUCCUAAAUUUCGUACUCAGUAUUAAAUGUCUGACUUGA